GCAUUUCACAUCCCUGAAAUGCACUAACCACAGCCUCUCCAUGCUGGCUUGCGGUGGUGGCAUCCUGCCCUCCCUUCAACUCUCCUCAACCUCCACUGGCAACACCCUUGUUUUUCCAGUUUGGAUCUUGCUAAAGUAAAAAAAAAGUGUCAACUGACCUGAAGUGUUAAUAGAAGCACUUGAUGUGGGCGUACCCUACAGAAGCACUCAAGAUUUUACUGAUGAAAACUCAGCAAAUUCUCUAUCACAAAGAGGUUUGGCAACUAAAUUAAGACAUUAAAAGGAAAAUACCAGAUGCCACUCUGCAGGUUGCAUUAACUACCACUUACUGGAUACAUUUAAAUCCUUCAGAAUCAACAAGAGUAACCAGGCAGCAAAGAAGAAAUGCAAGCCAACGACAACCUCACCUCUGUGCCUGGGAACAGCAGUCUGUGCACCAGAGACUACAAAAUCACCCAGGUCCUCUUCCCACUGCUCUACACCGUUCUGUUUUUUGUUGGACUCAUCACAAACAGCCUGGCAAUGAGGAUUUUCUUUCAAAUCCGCAGUAAAUCAAACUUUAUUAUUUUUCUUAAGAACACAGUCAUUUCUGAUCUUCUCAUGAUUCUGACUUUUCCAUUUAAAAUUCUUAGUGAUGCCAAACUGGGAACAGGACCACUGAGAACCUUUGUGUGCCAAGUUACCUCCGUCGUAUUUUAUUUCACAAUGUAUAUCAGUAUUUCAUUCCUUGGACUGAUAACUAUUGAUCGCUACCUGAAGACCACUAGGCCAUUUAAAACAUCCAACCCCACCAAUCUCUUGGGGACUAAGAUUCUCUCUGUUGUCAUCUGGGCAUUCAUGUUCUUACUCUCUUUGCCUAACAUGAUUCUGACCAACAGGAGGCCGACGGACAAGAAUGUGAAGAAAUGUUCUUUCCUCAAAUCAGAGUUUGGUCUGGUCUGGCAUGAAAUAGUCAAUUACAUCUGUCAAGUCAUUUUCUGGAUUAAUUUUUUAAUUGUCAUUGUAUGUUACACACUCAUUACAAAAGAACUAUACAAGUCAUACGUAAGAACAAGAGGAGUCGGCAAAGUCCCCAAGAAAAAGGUGAAUGUCAAAGUUUUCAUUAUCAUUGCCGUAUUCUUUAUUUGUUUUGUUCCUUUCCAUUUUGCCCGAAUUCCUUACACCCUGAGCCAAACCCGAGAUGUCUUUGACUGUGCUGCUGAAAAUACUCUGUUCUAUGUGAAGGAGAGCACUCUGUGGUUAACUUCCUUAAAUGCAUGCCUGGAUCCAUUCAUCUAUUUUUUCCUUUGCAAGUCCUUCAGAAAUUCCUUGAUAAGUAUGGUGAAGUGUCCCAGUUCUGCAACAUCUUCAUCCCAAGAAAAUAGGAAAAAAGGACAGAAUAGUGGUGACCCAAGUGAAGAAACUCCAAUGUAAACAAAUUAACUGAGGAAAUAUUUCAAUCUGUUGGUGAUCAUAACUCCUUAAAAGAAAGCACUAUGUAAAAAUAUUAACACUGACUAAGAAAUAAUGAAGUUAAUAACUUGAAAAAGUAAUAGAAGACUACAAAAAUUUUUUAUUUGCCUUUCCAGUAUUAAAAGCUAUCUUUAAAUGUAGAAAAAUAACCUAACCUAUAGCUAUGUAGCAGCAAAACAAACUGCAUCCAACUGCCAUGCUGCAUGCAAAACUACACAGAAUUCAUGAUGUGUAGUUUUGCCAAAAUGGGUAAUCGUAUGAUAAUAUCUACUGUAAAAUACAUUAUUGAUCACAAUUUUAUUUUUUGAUAAUCAACUAAGGAUGAAUGAUCAACCGGAUAUAAUCUACUUAUCAAAAGUGAUACUAAAGAUAUAUAUGUGUGUGUAUAUAUCUCCCUCUAUAUAUCUCCUAGUCCCCUAUCAUGAUACUACUUACAAAAAUUUAGUGGCAUACACAAAGAAUAAUAAAUACUAACUUUAAUCAUUCACAAAAACCUAAAGGGAUUUAAACUAAUUGAAAUAGUAUUUGAUUAGACUGAAUUUUAUUAAAAUGUUCAUUAAGAAGGCAGACAUUUAAAGAAUAUCUUUUCAAUAAAGAGCAGAAAUAUCAAACAAAGUCAUUAAAGGAGAGUUACUUUUAUGACAUUCUAAUACUAAAAAAAAAAAAAAAAUUUCCUUAACACUAGAGAAACCAGUUUAACUAAUAUUUUGACAACUUCAAUGGAUAUAAUACCAUUGACUCCUUAAUUAAUUACCUUCUAGAAAAUACCUGCUACUUGUGUUAAUGAAUAUUUUCCCUUAAUGAGAAAAAUUAAAUGUGAUUACAAAGUUGCAUAGCCUAACUGAUAAGAGGAAAGUGAUUUAACUAUU